ACGGACCUGUACUCAGGGGCCCUCUUCGUGCAAGUCUGCCUGGGCUGGGACCUUUACCUCUCCACUGUCCUGAUGCUGGUGGUCACGGGGCUCUACACCAUUGCGGGGGGGCUGGCGGCCGUCAUCUACACCGACGCGCUGCAGACGCUCAUCAUGGUCCUCGGAGCCAUCGUGCUGGCGGUGAAAGCUUUUAAUGAGAUCGGAGGUUACCCCAACCUGGAAGAGGCCUAUUUAAAAGCCGUGCCAUCCAAGAUCGUUCCCAACACUACUUGCCACCUGCCCAGAGCGGAUGCAAUGCACCUCUUCCGCGACCCAGUCUCUGGAGAUCUGCCCUGGACCGGGAUGACUUUCGGGCUGUCUAUCAUGGCCACGUGGUACUGGUGCACCGACCAGGUCAUCGUCCAGCGGUCGCUCUCUGCUAAAAGCCUGAGUCACGCCAAGGCCGGCUCCAUCUUGGCCAGCUACCUGAAGAUGCUGCCCUUGUUCGUUAUCAUCAUGCCGGGGAUGAUCAGCAGGGUCCUGUACCCAGGUAAGGGCCGAAAUGCGGACGUGGGGCUGGCAGG